AGAGCGAAGAUAACAAAAUUUCAAACAUUCGGCGGACAUUUUUUCUAUUUCAGCGUAGGUUAGAUUGGAUCAGGUUUGUGGUUGUUGAUAAAAUGGACGUAGAAGAGAUAUUUUCCAUGAAAUAUAAUGAGUUGCAGAAACGUGCAAAGUCACUUGGCAUCAAAGCCAAUAUGAAGAUUGACAAGUUGAGGAAUACUCUUGUAGAACAUUUUCUGGACAAUAAUGAGGCUGCAGAUAAACAAAAGCCAACAACAGAAAAGGAAGAAAAUGAAGAGAAAACAAUUGAGGUGAAAAAUAAGAAAAAAGGUCCAGGAAGACCGAAAAAAGAGAAAGUUACAAAAUCAGUAACCAGAAGUCCCAAACCUUCCACUCCAACUAUAGUGAGGACUGUAAGACCUGGACACCUCGGAUCAAAACCAUCCAGUGUGUUAUCUCCCUUGGUCAGGAAAAGUCUCACCGGAGCCAAAGCACACACUACACCAAAAGGAACCCCCAGGCCCUUAGGUACACCAAAAGGAACUCCCAGGCCCUUGGGUACACCAAAUGGAACCCCCAGGCCCUUGGGUACACCAAAAGGAACCCCCAAACCCCUUACUCCACAGAUAACUAAGGUCAAAUCUGUAAUGUCCAAGGUCACAACCCCUAAAGCUGCCACACCAAAAGUUCUUGGUCAUUCAAAACAGAUAACCAAAGUCAAGUCCACAACGCCGAAGGUUGCAUCCUCUAAACCAGCCACACCAAAAGUUCUCUGUCAAUCAGAACAAAAAAAGGCCACUCCACGAUUGUCAACACCUAAAUCUGCCAUGAAGUCAGCCACACCAAACAAAGCCGAAACCCCAGCAUCCCUCAAGCGCAUGUCCAACCAGAAGAGAACGCCACAGGAGACAAAAAGGAAGCGUAGUACAUUUGAAAUUGUUCCUCUUCCUGAUGAGUCGGCAGAAAACCAAGGCACUACCACACGGAGAAGUACAUUUGUUAAGAAAACUACAGAUGAAAGGAAAUCAGGGAGUCCAGGAGCAAAGGAAAUGCUUGGUGCUCUCACGGAAAAUAUGGACAGUGCUGAGAUGAAGGAAACUCUACUCUCUGCCCUUGAUAAGAAAGUGCAGAAGAAAGUAUCAGAAAUGGAUCCUGCAAAGAAAACUGGUAUCCCCAGAUUUGCAGCUUUCUUGGCAGCCAGGAAAGAGGCAAAAGAACAAAAACCUUUGACUCCAGGAAGUAAAAACUGGACAAAAAUUCACAAGAAACAGUUUGACAAAAUGGAUUCGAUUGAUGUGUACCUCAACAAAAAGAGAAAGCGUCAAGAUGAAUUUGCAAGCUCCGCUAAAAAAACAAAGACAUUGUUAGAAGAGACGAAGGCAGCCAUCACCAAGCUGAAAAGUCAUAAGACGCCAACAGCAUUCAAGGAGAUAAAAACAAAGUCAACAAAGUCAACAAAGUCAUUAUUUGUCACUCCUGGCUCAACUGCAGCAAAAACGAAGACACCAUCAGGAGCUCCAAAAACCAAAACUCCAGUUUCUGCAGCAUUGAAACCCAAAACCCCAUCGACAUUCAAACCAACAGUGUUCAGUACCAAGAACAUGAACUUGGACUUCAACAAUGCAAACACAAGAAAAUCUCCACGAACUUCAUCUGGACCUUUCAAGCCUACAGUCCUCUCUACCAAUAACAUGAACCUCAACUUCAGUAGAGUUAAGACACCGGGCACGCAAUCCAAGGAUACAAGCACCCGCAAGUCAUAUGUCACACCGUUCAAGUUCAAUGCCUCUAUCAACACAACCCUUGAUGACAGCAAGUCCACCACCAAGAAGUUUGAUCUAAAAGCAAGUCUAGCUCGCCCUAUCACCUGGAAGACACACAAAGGCAAACUCAAGCCACUGGAUGCUGCCUCCAUGUUCUCAACCGCAAAGGGCGAACCAAAAGUCAGUGUCAAGACACCGAAGGUCGCUGGAAGAGAAAAUCGUCGAGCAGAGGCACUGAAGAGGCGAGCCGACCAUAAGUUUGACAAGCAGAUGUCUCGGCGAGGGAUCAAUGCACAGUAGAAACUUAGUCAAGCUAAAAUGAUUCAGUGGUGCUUAAACUGUAAUAUUACCACCAUAGUGUUCAAUAUUUAAACUGUGUGGAUACUUUCCUUUUUGUGGAUGGACCAAUUGUAUCAGGAAAAAGACAAACAGAUCUUACCAAACCAUUGUGUUUUUCUAAUCAGAGAAGCAUCUUAUUAUGUGAGCAGACCAGUUAGAUCAGGUUUUGUAAACUAUGUCACGCCAAACAAGAAAAAUCGAAGUUGAGCAGCUGUAGUAUGUUAAUGAAUUGGUCAUACCAAAUAUAAACAUAUGAUGCUGACAUGAUCUAGUACGCAACACCCUCCUGUGGGGCUGAAAUGAUCAUGUGUACCACCUUCCUGUGGGGCUGAAAUGAUCAUUAAGUGUACCGCCUUCCUGUGGGGCUGAAAUGAACAUGUGUACCACCCUCCUGUGGUGCUGAAAUGAUCAUUAUGUGUACCAGCUUCCUGUGAGGCUGAAAUGAUCAUUAAGUGUACCGCCUUCCUGUGGGGCUGAAAUGAACAUGUGUACCACCCUCCUGUGGUGCUGAAAUGAUCAUUAUGUGUACCACCUUCCUUUGGGGCUGAAAUGAUCAUAAAGGGUACCACCUUCCUGUGGGGCUGAAUUGAUCAUGUGUACCACCUUCCUGUGGGGCUGAAAUGAUCAUAAUGGGUACCACCUUCUUGUGGGGCUGAAAUGAUCAUAAUGGGUACCACCUUCCUGUGGGGCUGAAAUGGUCAUAAUGGGUACCACCUUCCUGUGGUGUUGAAAUGAUCAUUGUGUACCACCAUAUAUAAUUAAAGGGCACUGUAACCAUCAUACCAUGUACCCCCCUCAUAUAGAAUUGAAGUGAUCACACUACAUACUAUCAUAUAGUUUCACAAUUCCUUUUCAGGUGUAGAUUCAUGUUAAAAAGCUGUCUGUCUGCCAUGUCUUCUUUUCCUACUCUAUUUUUGUCUUCUAUUCCUACUCUUUGUCUUCCAUCUGUCUUUUUUUUCCUAGUCUAUCUUUAUCUUCUUUUCCUAGUCUGUCUUUCCUGUUACGUUUACAUGUGUCACAUGAGUGUUUUGGUCAGCAGUAUGUAAUUGUUGUCAAUUGUAUGUUUUUGUUGUCCAGACUCCCUAAUAUAUUAUAAUUAUCAGUUUUAUUUCUAAAAACAUUAAAUCUAGUUGCAAAUUUUAACCUUAUCAAUAUUAGAGUAUUCGUGAUUAAUGUCCAUGGGAUUUUUUUUUAUGAUUUAAUGUUAUUAUACUUGAUUUUACUCUUUGUGUACUGUUUAUGCUAUAAAUGUUCAAUACUCCAUUGUAAGUAUGCGUAACUUUUCACUUAUGAUGGUGAUUUUAUAUUUUUAGUUAAAUAACUCUGAUAUCUUAAAUUAACACAGGCAUUGGUAAUUUUAAGUAUUUUUGUGUACAAGAUGUGUGUAAAUACAGGACUGCAAUACUUUGAAACAGCAGAGGCCUGUCAUAUAUCAGAUUGAUAUUGAUAACAAUGAGAAUUUUGUGGUUAAUGUCUCAUGAUUUUUCUCUCUUGUCAUUGUAUCAUUUUGUCAUCACAUUAUAUACAUAUUGUAUAUAGCUUCACAACAUAGCUAUGUUAUCUUUUAUCAUCAAAUUUUUGAAAGAUUUUUUCAUGUUUACUGCCAAUUUUGGAGAUUAUCUUGACACCCAGAUACAUGUAAUAGUUUAGUUAAGUACUGCACCAGUUCUGUCAAAAUGCGGCGAGUCCUGAACUUUAACAACUAAACAUUCUCUCAGUAAAUAUAAAACAUCUGUUUUAAUGUCCAAUAUUGUUAUCAUUCUAGCAUUUUAUGUACAUUAUUUUAAUCAAUCGUAUAAAAACUUAUAAUUAUAUAAAUAUCUUUGUAUAUCAUCACAGAUUUACAGGAGGCAUGUUUGUCAUGGACGUUCCUGUUAAAUCAUUGUACUGGUGGUACUGUAUUAGGAAAGGAAUAUAAAGGAUUUAAGUAACAA